ACAAUCGCAACUUUGACUCCAAAUAACCUCCUAAUUUUCUCCCACGAUUCAAUUUUAGCGGUCAAUAAAUCAAAUUCCCGAUCUCUCUCUGUUUUUUUUGUACAAUCUCUCUUUUUGAAUCGUAUCGUUGGUAAUACUCUGCUAAAAUAUCUCUAAUUCGUUAUUAUCCAAUCUAAUACAAUCUUCUCCGUUAUCUUUAUCCAUAAUGUUUCUUCUUUUAUUCCUUUCCUUGUUUGCUUCUGGAGGUAGAAAACGAGCACGACCAAACCCAUCCAUCUCCAGAAAAAUUUGAACUUUUUUUCAUCGAUCUCUCAUUCCGAAGUUCUGGGACGGAUUCCUGAUGGGUUAUUCUCUGCCGAAGGAUUCUCUAUUCCUGGGAUUCGAUAGCUCAACUCAAUCACUUAAGGCAACUGUGCUAGAUGACAACCUCAAUAUUGUUGCUUCUGAUGUUGUCCAUUUUGAUUCUGAAUUGUCACACUACCAGACCAAAGAUGGGGUGUACAGGGACCCCAUGGUGGAUGGUAGGAUUGUCUCUCCAACUUUGAUGUGGGUGGAGGCUCUGGACCUCAUACUUGAGAAAUUGAAAUCAAAAGUGGACUAUGGAAAGGUUGUGGCCAUAUCUGGUAGCGGACAGCAACAUGGUAGUGUGUACUGGAACAAAGGCAGUAAGGCCAUGUUGGCAUCUUUGGACCCUACUAAGCCUUUAGUCAGGCAGCUAGGCAAUGCUUUCUCUGCAAAGGAUUCACCAAUAUGGAUGGAUAGUAGCACCACUUCGCAGUGCAGAGAAAUAGAGAAAGCUGUGGGUGGUGCAUUGGAAUUAUCAAAGCUUACAGGGUCUCGUGCUUAUGAGAGAUUCACUGGACCUCAGAUCCGGAAAAUAUUUAAAACGCAAAGGGAAGUUUACAGUGAGACCGAGAGAAUCUCACUUGUUAGUUCCUUCAUGGCCUCUCUUCUGAUUGGGGACUAUGCUAGUAUUGAUGAGGCUGAUGGAGCAGGGAUGAACUUGAUGGAUAUUAAUCAACGUAUCUGGUCUAAGACUGUUUUAGAGGCGACAGCUCCAGGUUUAGAAGAAAAGCUUGGGAAAUUGGCCCCAUCUUAUGCAGUUGCUGGUUUGAUAGCUCCUUAUUUUGUUAAGAGGUUCCACUUUAAAGACAACUGCCUAAUUAUACAGUGGUCUGGAGACAAUCCCAAUAGCUUGGCAGGUUUGACCCUAAAUACUCCUGGCGAUUUAGCAAUUAGUCUUGGAACCAGUCAUACAGUCUUUGGAAUUACUAGUGAGGCUCGGCCAGGACUAGAAGGACAUAUUUUUCCUAACCCAGUUGAUCCAAGUUGCUUCAUGGUUAUGCUUUGCUACAAAAAUGGUUCUCUAAUACGUGAAGAUGUGCGAAAUCGGUGUGCAGAGCACUCUUGGGAUAUUUUCAACCAGUUUUUAGAGAAGACACCGCCUCUAAAUGGUGGCAAAUUAGGAUUCUACUACAAAGACCAUGAAAUAUUGCCCCCUUUACCAGUUGGAUUUCACCGUUAUGUGCUUGAAAACUUGACUGGUGACUCGGUGGAGGAGAUAAAAGUGCGUGAGAUGCAGGAGUUUGACCCUCCUUCAGAGGUGCGUGCUGUAAUAGAAGGCCAGUUUCUCUCCAUGCGAGGCCAUGCAGAGAGAUUUGGUAUGCCAACUCCUCCCAAGCGGAUAAUAGCAACUGGUGGGGCAUCAGCAAAUGAGAGCAUUCUUAAAUCAAUUGCUAGCAUUUUUGGUUGUCCCAUCUAUACAGUUCAAAGACCUGAUUCUGCUUCCUUGGGUGCUGCGUUGAGGGCAGCUCAUGGGUGGUUGUGCAACAAUGAAGGUGGUUUUGUGCCCAUCUCGUCCAUGUAUGAGGACAAGUUAGAUAAAACCUCUCUUAGUGCCAAACUUGCAGUCCCUGCCGGAGACAAGGAGCUGCUGUCAAAGUACACCUUAAUUAUGAAGAAGAGAAUGGAAAUUGAGAAAAACCUUGUUGAAAGGCUUGGGCGCAGUUAGGCCAGCUACUAAAAAUAACGAGCUAUUCAUCCACCCGGGGUACUUCGGUACUAAUUUUGCAAUAUUCUGAUUGCUUGUACAGCAAAAGAACUGUUCUGAUGUUAAUUUCGUAGUAACAUUUGGAAGAAAUAAAACUAGGGAGAAAAAAUUUGUUAUGAUACUGGUGGUCCUGCUGAGGCAUCAUCUUUUUUAAGUAAUCAUGUUAAUGAUUUGAAUGUUAUCUUGUGGAAAUUGUUUAUG